CUCUAGACGGAGGCGGGGACAAUGCUCUUCGGUCUUUCUGAUUGGACAGUUAACCUGCACAUCAGAAAUCCUUAGAUUUCGGCCAUCUGACAGCGGUACUGCAGGGAGCUGACAGGAGCCUCUCCCGCUCAACAAAUUUUCACGUAUUUUUCAUUAUGAAAUUUUCUUUGUUUCAAUUCGGUUCCUCAAGACGUAUAUGAAGGCGCGGUUAAAUGCAAGUCUCUGACUGAGGGGAUUAUCCUCUUAAAAGAUUUCACAAUAGACUGCCGCUUAAUUAUUCCUCACCAUGGCAACGGUUGUGAUGGAGCAGAUUGGUCGGCUGUUCAUCAAUGCACAGCAACUUCGCCAGAUCCCACGUUUCCUGGAGUCAGCCUUCCCAAAAUUGCCUUGUACUGUGAUGGUGAGCGAUGUGCCGUGGGUUUUCCGCGAGUCACACAUAUUCACAGGCUACCGGCCGCCUGACCAGAACUGGCGCUACUACUUCCUCACUCUAUUUCAGAGGCAUAAUGAGUCUGUAAAUGUGUGGACACACCUGCUAGCCUCCCUCAUUAUCUUGGUCAAGUUUCAGGAGCUGUCUGAAACCGUGGAUUUCCUGCGAGAUCCACACGCCCAGCCGCUGUUCAUCUUGCUCCUAGCCGCAUUCACCUACCUGGGCUGCAGUGCGCUGGCCCACCUACUCUCAGCCAAGUCUGAGCUCUCCCAUUACACCUUUUAUUUUUUGGACUAUGUGGGCGUAGCCGUUUACCAGUAUGGCAGCGCCCUGGCCCACUUCUAUUACGUUGUCGAAGAAGAAUGGCACGCUCAAGUACGAAGCUUUUUCUUGCCAGCUUCAGCCUUCCUGGCCUGGCUGUCCUGUACGGGCUGCUGCUACGGCAAGUACGCCAGCCCGAGUUUGCCCAAGUUCGUUCACAAGCUAUUCCAGGUGGUGCCCUCGGGCCUAGCCUACUGUUUAGACAUCAGUCCGGUGUUUCAUCGCAUUUAUAAAUGCUACAGCUCCGAACAAGGCUGUGCUGACCAGGCGGUGGUCUACCACUGCUAUCAGGUCCUCUUCUUUUUGAUCAGCGCCUACUUCUUCUCGUACCCCCAUCCUGAACGCUGGCUCCCGGGACGUUGCGACUUCAUCGGACAGGGCCAUCAGAUCUUCCACGUGUUCCUUGUGCUCUGCACUCUAGUGCAGAUCGAAGCUGUACGACUGGAUUACAGCGAGAGGAGACCUCUCUAUGAACGUCUUCAUGGUGACUUGGCUCACGAUGCAGUGGCUCUUUUUAUCUUCACAGCGUGUUGCAGCGCACUCACUGCGUUCUAUGUGCGCAAACGGGUGAAGGCGUAUCUAGAAGAGAAGCAGGAGUAGAUGUCAUGGCGGGGACCUUGCUUGCACAUGUAGGAGGGAUUGCACUGGUCUACAACAACUGAAGCAACUAACAAUGAAGGACCUUCGUCGUAUUUUUCAGUGUAUCUUAUAUUUGUUGUUGGUUUUGUUAUGUGGCCUGCCAGUGCAUUUUGAACCAACUGCUUUCUGUUUACCAAACUGGUGACAUGCUUUAAAACCGCAUUACUCAUGGAGAAUGGCUAUAAAACAAUGGAUUGCCUGCUGGAAGGUGCUCAGUUCCUAAGCGGAUCUGUUUGACGAGUGCCAUUACAACCUAAUAAACCCAGUUUAUGUGAGAUCUGUGAGGAAUGUCAGCAUUUUGCUGAAUGGUUAGUUUGCAUACAGGAUAGUUUAUGUAGACCAUCACUGGAUAUGUUCAUACUUGCAUUGUGCCUCUAAAUCCAACCUUAUUUAGAAGGAUAUGUUACUCACAUGCCAUUUACACAUUUGGCAGACGUAUACUGCAUACAAAGUACACAUUUUUCCCCCCUGCGUUCCCUGUGAAUCAAACCCAUGACCUUGGUUUUGCUAGUGCCACAUGCUACUGUUAUAAGAAUGCAUACAGGAAAUUAAAAUGUUAGUAAAUAAAGUUCCCAUGGCAUCAGACCAGUGCAAUUAGCAAGGUAUGGAGCUCAUUUGGAUGUCAGUUAAAUGCACAGGUCUUAAAUCAAGACAGAAAUGUUACAAACUCCAUAAGGAAUACCUUACUGAAAGAUGACUGAUCAUUAACCAAUUUCUCUUUAAUUAUCAGAUCAAAUCAGUUCAAAUUCACCCCUCUGCAGUGGUUUUCAGAUUUUAAACAACAAUUCUCGGGUUGGCUUCACUUACUUCAACAGACUAAUGCAAAUCAGUGUCAAAUUGACUUCUGAAUUGCCUUACAUUGUGACCGACCCAUCCAGUGCCACGUUGAGGUUAGUUUAUAAUUAUCUGCGAAUUGCAAUCGAUUGGUUUUGCACUGCCAGUGCACAAUUCCCUGCCUUUCCCUGAUGUCUAGCCUGUGAAGAGGGUUUAAAUAUUAGAUGCUAUGAAAAAGACAGUAGGCAGGAUGUGAUGUCAUUGGGUUGAAGUAUAGUCAAAUUGAAGGAUUUCAGAUGCAACCCUCGCUGAUUAUUAAUUUGACACAAAAAUGCUCAUUUUUAUGAUUCUCAAACUUGUUAGAAAGUUGCUCAAUGCCACUUUUUUGGAAAAUGUUUUUCAUAAUGUUACAAUAGACAGUUCACCCAAAAAUGAAAAUCCAUCAUUUACUCACCCUCAUGUUGUUCCAAACCUGUAUGAUAUUUUGAAGAAUGUUCCCACUGUUUUUGUUCAUACAAUGAAGGUCGAUGUGGUCCAAAAUAACUAUUACAUUGACUUUUAUUGUAUAGACAAAAAAUAUUUUUGUAAAGGAUGGCAGAAUGUUCAUUUUUGGGUGAACUAUCCCAGCCAAAGAGGCUUUUGAGAAACAAUGUCCUUCAAAGCUAUAUGAUGUCCUUUUGUCAUGAAGAUGCUCCUUUUGUACACAAGGGCUAUAACUAUGGCCUUUACCUUUACUCAUACCCUGAUAUGAAUGCCUUUGUGUGUUCUGUGCAUAUGUGAAUUUUUCUAUUAGAAGUUCAGCACUUUAUUUACAAGAACAGUCUGAGCAUCAAAACUAAUAUGUGUUAAAUGUAUAUUCUAAUGUGCCUGACUACAUGCAUGCGUCCUUGUGUGAGUAUGCAUACAGGUGCUUGUCCUGAGUGUGUGUGUGUUUUUGAAUGUAUAUGUAUACCUAUGUGAGAUAGCUACUGAUGAGAAAGGAUAUGAAGGCUCCAUCUUAAUAGUCUGAACCUGUCUGGUCUUUUAAUGACCUUGAAAUACAUCUUGGCUUCUCCCCUUGUCUCAGACCUUGUCCAUAAACCAACACAGAUCCAUCAGACAGAAAGUGGAAGGAUGAUCUAUUUUCCCAUUGAAGCGAUCCAUAUUCCCUUGAGAUGAAUAUUGUGUCACUAGACUGUUGCUGCAUUAACCAGGAAAGCCUCUGUGUGAUGUAGCGUAAGAGUUUGUUUAUAAUCCGCUCCCAGAAAAAGAAAUUAUUGCUGUGGUAUGAGCCGUUUGAGAUAUAGCAAAUAAGUGAAGUUGUGAAAAACGGUGACCAGCAUUUAUUUUUGCAACCUGAAACACAUAUGGCAGAAUAAGGGGCCAUUCACACAGAACACAUUUGUGUGAGACACUAGGUAGUGAAAUAAAAAAAAUGCAAAGUCUAGAGAUGCUUUUUAAAAUGUAAACUUGUAGUAGCGCUGCUUUUUAAAAAGCCAUGUCAUGCACGAGGCGCUGCAAAAGACUUGAGCGCAAAGGUCAAAUGUGUCCAUCUAGCACAUAUUUACAUAGUAAAACAAAGAAGAAAAAAAAAAGCACAGUGGAAAGCAAACGUAAGUUAAAGGUAGUGGAAUGAAAAAAUGCAAGGUCUAGAGACUCGUUUUAUUUUUUUUAACUUGAGCGCUGUGUUUUUAAAAUGUCGUGUUGUGAGCGAUGCUGCAAAAGACGCAAGACAAGCAGAAUGGACAAAGACAUUAGUCUAUUGCGUGUAAAAAAAAAAACAGUGGAAUACAAAAAAAAGCAUUUUUUGCAUUUAAAACGCGAUAAUGCAGGGCAGUGAAAUGAAAAAAAAAACACAAGGUCUAGAAAUACAUAAAAGUUGAACUUAUUUUAACUUGACACAGCAUUCUAAAAACAGCGCUCAUGCACGAGAUGCUGUAAAAGACGCAAUGUCAAGCAUGUUGACAUAGAAAAGUAAUGGAAAAGUGCAGUGGAAUGCAAAAUGUGUCCUGUGUGAACAGUCCCUAAGGGCAGGUUGGGUUUACACAGAACACGUUUUUGCUGUUAAAAACAUGAGACGCAGGUCAGUGGAAUGGAAAAAAGUCUAGAGACAUAUUUUUUUAAAAGUUGAACUUAUUUUAAGUUGAGCCCCGUGUUUUUAGAAUGCCUGGUCAUGCGCAAAAGACGCAAGCACAUCGGUCAAACACGUCCGUCUAGCUCAACUUCACACUGAAAAACAAUGGAAAGGAAGCACAGUGGAAUGAAAAAACGCAUUCUGUGUGAACGGCCCCUAAGCCAGUUUUAACAGCACCAGCAGACAACAAUGAAGUCACAGACUGAUGAUGUCGUCGAAGACUGGAACUGAUGAAGUGACUAACAUGUUGUCAGUUGGCUCGUAAUAUCUCAGAAAAUUAUCACAUGGUGGGUGCUUUAUUUAACGAAAAACCAUAAUGAUAUAAAAAAGAAAUCAUUUUAGAAUAUUAAUUAUUACAAAAGAUAUUCAACAGAAACAGAAUAUGUUGUUUUUACUGUUGUACCAGCCUGUGUUUAGGAAAUAAAUGGGGAGGCUACCAAGAGCUGAUGUCACUGAGAAAGACAACAGAUGGGGUCAUCUCCUGGCACGAUCGGGAUUUGACCUAAAGCCUCAAUUCCCGUAAUGCUCAAGUGGAAUUUUAAGAAACUCUGUAAAUGAUUUCUGCUAAACUGUGAAGUGUCUCUUUCUUAAAUUCUGUACUAAUCUACUCACCACGAAGACACUUUUUUUAGAGUUUGUUUUAGUGAUUGUGUUUCUUUUGUAUUGCACUUAAGUGAAGAGGAAGGACAGAAAGUUACUUUAGAACUUCUUGAUUUCGUUCAGCACUUGAACUCAGUUUUUGAUUGUACUCAACCACGAGCCCUUGCACGAAGCUGAACUGAACUAACACUCUUGUGUUCUGCUUUCCAGUGCAGAACAGGAAAAUAAAGACUGGUGUUAAUCUAAACUAUACCAUUGUGUGUGGAAAUGACUGUGUUGUUGUACUAUGGUAUUUAAGUGAAUAAACAACUGUAAGUCCUA